AUGUUGCGAACAAGGACGCGACCUCGAACCUUGGAGGAGAGAUUUCCAAAUGGUCCCCCCGACGUUAAGCUUCCACCUAAGUACAGGAUUGUGUCCAACAACCGCAUCUUCAACGACCACACCGGUGCACCGGCCUUGAUGUCAUGGGAGAGCCCGGGGGUUCAGCGUUCAUUGCCUCCUCUCGCCUCUUGGAUCUUCUACAUGACCCAUCCUGAUGUGCCACGCGAUUUUGACGGCUCUCUAUUCUAUGGUAGCCUCGAGAUGGACCACCAGCUGUGCAGAGGUGGCAGCUUUCGCUAUGAGUUCUUCUUCCUUCCGGGCGCCACGGCUGAAGAGUGCCGCACUCACUUUCGUGGAGAGAUGGAGGUUCGAGGAACCAUUUGGCGCCAGAUCAGCAAAGUCAAGGAGGCAAUGAACCUCAAGGCAUGCGGAAACGGCCAGGGGUUGGAGGAUGAUUCGGCUGAAGAGUCCGCUUCUGAUCAAGAUACCGCUACCGACAGUCGACUUCCCGGCCUGGUCUGGCUACAAAACGAUGACGAGUGCAAGGACUCAUUCUAUCGCGGCUGGUGCUUCAUAUAUCCACACGCAGGUAUCGAGUGCCGAAGUGAGGAGGAAAAGGCGCGUGAUAUGUACCGCGUCGAAUUUGACCCCAUCCCCAUUCCGGACUGGGACGAGGAGGUGGAGUGCAAGCCCAGCCCGAUGGAACGUCCCAUCGUUUCGCGGCGGAUGAAGGCCAAGAGCGGAGAAGGAUUUGAAGACGGGAUUUUUGGUUGGAUGGAAAUGAGGAAGAGGUCACUUUGGGAGCAAGCGGCGGAUGAAGCUACAGAUAACGCUCUGGAGCUGGGUUGGGAGUCUUGGUGA